AUGCCCUUGAAACGCCUUGGCGAUCCGGCCGCCCGCUCCCCACCACCGGACUCGCACCAUGCCAACAGUGAGCGCACCUUGGUCGCCAUCAAGCCGGACGGCGUGCAGCGCGGCCUGGUGGGCGACAUCAUCAAGCGCUUUGAGCAGAAGGGCUUCCAUCUGGUGGGCAUGAAGCUCAUUCAGGCCUCCAAGGAACACCUGAAGCAGCACUACGUUGACCUGAAAGACCACCCCUUCUUCCCAGGGCUGGUGAAGGACAUGAACUCGGGACCAAUUGUGGCCGUGGUCUGGGAGGGGCUGAAUGUGGUGAAGACUGCCCGGGUGAUGCUGGGAGAGACCGACCCAGCGGAUUCUAAGCCAGGCACCCUCCGAGGGGACUUCUGUAUUCAAGUUGGCAGGAACAUCAUUCAUGGCAGUGAUUCGGUCAAGAGCGCUGAGAGAGAAAUCAGCCUCUGGUUUAAGCCGGAGGAACUGGUGGACUACAAGUCUUGUGGCUGUGACUGGAUCUACGAGUAA